CUAUCGCUGAGUCGACCUCACAUUAAAGUAAAAAAAAAACAGUGCAGGUGUUGAGGAUUUUAUUAAAUUCUCACUAAAUAUAUUAAACAUAGCCCUAUUUAUCUGUAAAGAACGAAUUAUUAAAGAAAAUGGCGCAAAUGGACAUGGAACUGAAGAAGGCCUUCACCGAAAUGCAGAUCAACAAACUGGAGACCACGAAGAAGAUCAACAUGAUAGACAUGAAGUGCGACAUGGUUAAAACCGGCAAACACAAGUACCAGCUAACGGAAAAGGGCACCAGCAGUCUGUCCGAUGAUACGAGGGUAUAUCAAUCCGUGGGAAGAAUGUUCCUGCUCACCGAUGUACAGAACAUGCGCGACGAUCUGAAAGCCAAACAGGACAAGUGCGACAAGGCAAUCGAACUGCUUGAGAAGAAAAAGGAAUUCCUGCAGAAAUCUCUCAAGGAUCAGGAGGAUGGUCUACGGGAGCUGGUCCAGCAGCGCAAAGAGGCUGACGUCGCUGCGAAAUAAGAGAUUCCAGCUUGGCAUUUAACCGACUCCUCACAACCCAUAAAAGAAUGCAAUGUGCUUAUUUAUUUUCAAUAUAAUUGUCCAAAUUGAAGUUGGCAUAACUAACAAA